AUGGUUCAAACCAUUGCCUGUAUUGGGGCAGGAUUUGUAGGUGGUCCGUUAGCAGUCGUGAUAGCAUAUAAUUGCCCAGGUAUCCGGGUAAUAGUAGCUGAUGCGAACGCAAGUCGCAUCAAUGCAUGGAUCAACGGCACUCCCCCGUUCUAUGAGCCGGGUCUAGAUGAAAUGCUGGCGACGGUGCAACGUCGUGAAACAUCGGCGCUCAACCUGGAAUUCAACACAGCAACAGAAGAUACUAUCCAACGGGCAGAGCUCAUUUUCCUAUGCGUCGACACUCCAACCAAAUCCUUUGGGGAGGGCCGAGGGUGCGCGGCGGACCUGACCAGUAUCCAACGGGUCGCUCGAAUGAUUGCACGGGUGGCGACAGGAGACAAGAUCAUUGUGGAGAAAUCUACAAUUCCAUGUGGCACCGCCGAGAUGCUGCACAAGUUGCUGAGAGCUUGUGGAUCACCCGAAGCACGCUGCGAGGUUCUCUCCAACCCCGAGUUCCUGGCAGAGGGAACCGCCAUUGAGAACCUGCAAAGACCUAGUCGCGUGCUGAUCGGAUGUGCGCAGACCCAGGCCGGUAGGCGAGCGGGAGAUCUACUCGCAAGUAUCUAUGAAACCUGGGUCCCAUCAUCAUCGAUUUUACGUGUUGAUACCUGGGCGUCUGAGCUGGCCAAACUAGCCUCCAACGCAAUGCUUGCGCAACGAAUCAGCAAUAUCAACUCGCUGAGCGCCAUAUGCGAGGUGGCCGGCACCAUAGUGAGCAUUGAUUCUGUUGCGACAGCCUGUGGUCUGGAUCCGCGCAUCGGGCCACAUAUGCUACGCGCGGGUCUCGGUUGGGGAGGCGGCUGCUUCCAAAAGGAUAUUCUGUGUCUCGUGUAUAUUGCUCGCAGUCUACACCUGCACGAUGUGGCCGACUACUGGCAAUCCGUGAUUACAAUGAACGAAUCUCAACAGAAUCGAUUCCUGCAGCGGAUCAUCGCCUUCAUGUAUGGGAAUGUCUCGGGGCGCUCUAUUGCGGUUCUGGGAAUGGCAUUCAAAGAGAAUACAUCCGAUACCAAGAACUCACCCGCAAUCACGGUGGUCAGGGGACUCCUAGAAGAGGGGGCGAAGGUUUCCGUUUAUGAUCCUAGGGUUCGACUAGAGGAUAUCCAAUUAGCAGUGGGCGAAGUAGACACCACACAGCUUCAGGUCUGCCAGUGUCCGUACGAGGCAUGUUCUCUCGCCGAUGCCAUUGUUCUGGCGACGGGAUGGGAUCAGUUCCAAACGCCUCCCGGCGAGAGCAUGCUCAACCACGGACCCCCAAGCUCCCAGCCAGACAGAUCAGGCUGGUUGGACUGGCCUCGCAUUGCGCAUGCCAUGGAGCAGCCCAAAUUUGUUUUUGACGGGAGGAACUUCCUUGACGGCGCAUUUCUGACCAAGUUAGGCUGUCGAUAUGUGCGAGUGGGGAGCUCCACUGUAUGGAAUGGGGCUGCCGGGUUCCUGGGAUCCAACAUGGUCGACUACUUGCUUCGCCAAGGUGUAAUGGUAAUCGGAGUUGACAACUACUCGACUGGAAGCACAUCGAACCUAUGCCACAUUCUAAACAGUCCACUGUUUACCAUGAUUCGACACGAUAUCCAGACUCAUCUACCUGAUCUACCACCGCUUCAAAGCAUCUACCACCUGGCCUGUCCUGCUAGCCCCCCUCAAUACCAGAAAGAUCCAGUCGAUACACUAGACACCGCAUACCUCGGAACUCGCAACCUUCUAUCCUUAGCCCAAAAGCAGCGCUGCCGAAUCCUCCUCUCCAGCACCUCUGAAAUCUACGGCUCACCCCAGGUACACCCACAACCCGAAUCCUACUGGGGACACGUCAAUCCAUACGGCCCGCGAGCCUGCUACGACGAGGGCAAACGUGCCGCCGAAGGCCUAGCAUGGGCAUUCCAACAAGCACCGCGUAAUGUCGACGUGCGUAUCGCACGUAUCUUCAAUACGUAUGGUCCUCGUCUGGCCCCGGAAGACGGCCGCGUGGUAUCCAACUUUGUGGCCGCGGCGCUCGACAAUAAACCCCUUAUCAUUACCGGUGAUGGGUCUGCUACCCGUUCAUUCCAGUACGUGGAUGAUUGUGUCCGCGGUCUCGUCACACUUAUGGAGGCGGACUCAGUGCCGGGACCCGUAAAUAUUGGGAACGAUGUGGAGGUUACUCUCACUGAACUGGCGAAUACUGUGGGUCGUGUCGUCAAACAGGUGACCGGGUGUAAGACAACAUCCAUUGAAUAUCGGUCUAGUCCGGUGGAUGAUCCACCCAAGAGACGGCCGGAUUUGACACUUGCGAAGAGAACUUUGGGAUGGGCCCCGGUCAUCUCGCUGAGGGAGGGGCUGAUACAUACUGUGCGGUGGCAGCUGGCUGAGAAGGCGAAAUAG